ACUUACCUGGGGGGGGAGGGGGAAUUAGACCUUGAAUUUUUUUUUAAUUGUUAGGGCAAUUGAUGAUUACAUAGCCAACAAAAAGAGGGAAAAAAUCCAACAGGUAGUUUGAGCAAGCAGCAGCGGAGCGCGGCCUCCUCCCGGGCCUUCCCGAGCGCUGCGGCCGCUUCUCAGGAGGCGUCGUCAUUUCUGGAGCCGGGGCCGCCGCCGCCGCGCGCCCUUGUGAGGAGCGGUUGUCUGAUCAGAUCGAUCUAAGAUGGCGACUGUGGAACCGGAAACCACCACCACUCCUAACCCCCCACCUGCAGAAGAAGAAAAAACUGAAACCAAUCAGGAGGUUGCCAACCCUGAACACUACGUUAAACAUCCACUACAGAACAGAUGGGCACUCUGGUUUUUUAAAAAUGAUAAGAGCAAAACUUGGCAAGCAAACCUUCGUCUGAUCUCUAAGUUUGAUACUGUUGAGGACUUCUGGGCUUUAUACAACCAUAUCCAGCUGUCUAGUAAUUUAAUGCCUGGCUGUGACUACUCACUUUUUAAGGAUGGAAUUGAGCCUAUGUGGGAAGACGAAAAAAACAAACGAGGAGGACGAUGGCUAAUUACAUUAAAUAAACAGCAGAGACGAAGUGACCUUGAUCGCUUUUGGCUAGAGACACUGCUGUGCCUUAUUGGAGAGUCAUUUGAUGACUACAGUGAUGAUGUGUGUGGAGCUGUUGUUAAUGUUAGAGCUAAAGGCGAUAAGAUAGCAAUAUGGACUACUGAGUGUGAAAACAGAGAUGCUGUUACACAUAUAGGGAAGGUAUACAAGGAAAGGUUAGGACUUCCUCCAAAGAUAGUGAUUGGUUAUCAGUCCCAUGCAGACACAGCUACUAAGAGCGGCUCCACCACUAAAAAUAGGUUUGUUGUUUAAGAAGACACCUUCUGAGUAUUCUUUCAUAGGAGACUGCGUCAAGCAAUCGAGAUUUGGGAGCUGAACCAAAGCCUCUUCAAAAGCAGAGUGGACUGCAUUUAAAUUUGAUUUCCAUCUAAAUGUUGCUAAGAUAUAUGAGAAGUCUCAUUCGCCUUUGUCUUGUACUUCUGUGUUCAAAUUUUUUUCUAUUUUGACUAGCGUAACCAUUAUCCCAAUCAAAGAAUUACAGUACACAUCAUCCCCAGAAUCCAUAAAUGUGUUCCAGGCCCACUCUGUAAUAGCUUAGUAGAAGCAUUACUAUUACAAAAACAUUUAUCUAUCCACAAUAUUCAGAAAAGAACUCGCAUUUCUUCACAGAGAAUUACUUCUGUUGUAUAUUGCAUUGUAUGCAGUAACAUAUUUUACUGGUUUGGAAGAGUAUGAUGCAUACCAUUUUCUAGCAAUUUUCUUUGUUUCUUUUUUACAGCAUUAUUUUUUGCUGUAAUCUAUGCUGAUGGCUGCUAGAUUUAAUUUAUUUGUUUCCCUACUUGAUAACAUUAGUGAUUCUGAUUUCAUUUGGUUUUUUUUUUGUUUAGUUUUGUUUUGGUUUUUUUUUUUUUGUUUGUUUUAUUUUUUGCUCAUGUAACAUUGGUGAAGGAUCUGGGAAAUAUUACAUAAAGGUGGAAUAAACAUUAAUUUCGUGCAUUCUUUGGUAAUUUUUUUGGUUUUUUUGUAACAUUAGAGCUUUGCUACAAAUUUAUGCAUUUCAGUCAAAUCAGUGAUCUAUGUUUGUGUGAUUUCCUAAACAUAAUUGUGGAUUUUAAAAAAUGUAACAUCAUAAUUACAUUCCUUACUAGAUAUAGUAUGUCUGUUUUUGUAUCUUAUGCUGUAUUUUAACACUUUGUAUUACUUAGGUUAUAUUUUGCUUUGGUUAAAAAAUGGCUCAAAUAGAAAAGCGGUCCCAUUCAUAUUAAGACAGUGUACAAAACUGUAAAUAAAAUGUGUACAGUGAAUUGUCUUUUAGACAACUA